CAAUCCGAGGGUAGUAGACCGGAUAGCAAAGUUGACCUGCGUCCUCCAAAAUAAUAGUGUUGGUUUAAAGCCUUGAAGGUUCGAAUCUCAAACAUGUCAUUCUUCUCCCUUCUCUGCCCUGUAAACCACCAAAAAAAUAAAAAAUAAAAAAUAAAAAACCUUUCUAGACAUAUAGAAGGAUCAAUUUGUUCACCCAAUUCCAAUAAUGCAGAUGGUCAUCAUCUUAUCGUAACAAACUACACCUCCCGAGGCAGGCACAAACUCCGAAGCUACUCCUUUAUCCAUUCCUCCCCAUCCAGACGCCCACAAUUAUCAUGCAAACGCACAUCAUGUCAUGCAAUAUUCUAAAUAUAGUCCAUAAGGAUAAUAUCCGACACCGUCUAACUAAUCCUUUAUAUAUGCGUGCCUAUUUUUUUGCCGUUGUAUACCACAGAGAAUCCGGUUAGCUUGUAGAAGAACAACAUGGACAUUGGGACAUAUUACCAGCCAUCAAGGAAAAUCACUGCCUACGAUGUCCCUGAAGGGGUGGACAUUCGGGGUCGAUUUGAUGAGGAGUUUGCAAAGAUCCUCACGAAGGAUGCUUUGCAGUUCGUUGCGGAUUUGCAGCGAGAGUUCAGAAACCAUAUCAAGUAUGCAAUGGAGUAUCGUAAGGAAGCAAAGAAGAGGUACAAUGAGGGGGCAUUACCAGGGUUCGAUCCUACCACCAGGUACAUAAGGGAAGGGGAGUGGACUUGUGCACCUGUCCCACCUGCUGUUGCUGAUCGCAAGGUGGAAAUUACUGGACCCGUAGAGAGGAAGAUGAUCAUCAAUGCACUCAAUUCUGGGGCUAAAGUAUUCAUGGCUGAUUUUGAAGAUGCACUGUCACCAAGUUGGGAGAAUCUGAUGAGGGGGCAAGUAAACUUGAAGGAUGCUGUUGAUGGGACAAUAAGUUUCCAUGACAAGGCUAGGAGCAGAGUGUACAAGCUCAACAAUCAAACAGCUAAGUUGUUUGUCCGUCCCAGGGGUUGGCACUUGCCUGAGUCUCACAUCCUCAUCGACGGUGAACCAGCAACUGGUUGCCUUGUGGAUUUUGGCCUUUACUUCUUCCACAACUUUGCAACAUUCCGUCAGGCUCAGGGCCAAGGGUUCGGACCCUUCUUCUAUCUACCUAAGAUGGAACAUUCAAGGGAAGCAAAAAUAUGGAACUGUGUGUUUGAGAGGGCGGAGAAGAUGGCGGGUAUUGAAAGGGGAAGCGUCAGGGCCACCGUUUUGAUUGAAACGCUCCCUGCCGUCUUCCAAAUGGACGAAAUCCUCUAUGAGCUCAGGGAUCACUCUGUAGGAUUGAAUUGUGGAAGAUGGGAUUACAUUUUCAGCUACGUGAAAAUGUUCCAGGGUCACUGGGAUCGACUUUUACCGGAUAGGGUUCAGGUCGGCAUGACCCAGCAUUUCAUGAAAAGUUACUCCGAUCUCCUCAUCAGGACAUGCCAUCGGCGUGGCGUCCAUGCCAUGGGAGGAAUGGCAGCUCAGAUUCCGAUCAGGGAUAAUCCGGCGGCGAAUGAGGCGGCGCUGGAUCUUGUGAGGAAAGAUAAAUUGAGAGAGGUGAAGGCAGGGCAUGACGGAACAUGGGCGGCGCACCCUGGACUCAUCCCAGCUUGCAUGGAAGUCUUCACCAACAACAUGGGCAAUGCUCCAAACCAAAUUCAAACCCUGAAACGAGAAGACGCGGCGAACCUGACGAAAGAAGACCUCCUACAAAGGCCGAGAGGAGUUCGUACCAUGGAAGGCCUCCGCCUGAACACCAGGAUCGGGAUACAAUACCUUGCAGCAUGGCUCACUGGAACAGGGUCCGUGCCUCUGUACAACUUGAUGGAAGAUGCUGCUACGGCAGAGAUCAGCAGGGUCCAGAACUGGCAAUGGCUGAAAUACGGAGCGGAGUUGGACGGAGAUGGGUUUGGGGUGAAAGUGACCCCUGAGCUGUUUGGGAGAGUGGUGGAGGAAGAGAUGACCAGGAUUGAGAACGAGGUAGGGAAGGAGAAGUUCCGGAAGGGAAUGUACAAAGAUGCUUGCAAGAUUUUCAGCCGGCAGUGCAUGGCGAAGACGCUGGAUGAUUUCCUGACUUUGGAUGCCUAUAAUCACAUUGUGAUGCAUUAUCCAAAGGGGGUGUCUAAAAUGUGAAUUGGAGGCCAUCCUUUAUUAGUGGUUUUCUUUGGCAGCUUGUACUCUGUUUCAGUCUAAUUUGUGUCUAAAUCUCUGCUUAUGACACUGCUAAUAAGUAAUAAUAAUAUUUACUUAUU